AGAGACACGGAGGAUAGGAGGCUUUACAAGAACUGUACUUUUCUGUUUUUGAAACGAAAAAUCAAUGUAUAUCAUUAUGUCUGGCGCUGCAGGUUGCGAUUCACCCAAACGGAUGAUCGUCUCUGUAAUUAAAUCUACGUGCAACGCAGAGGAGGUAAAUCUGGGUCACUUGUCAAUGUAUUUACCAUGCCAAUGGCCGGAAAGUUCCAACAACAUGAGCCCCAGUCCGACUCCCAGCAUCGGAUCGGCAGGAUCACUCUCGCCCGGGCAGAGUCCUGACCUCCCCGCCUACAAGGAUGGCAUGCGACGUGGCCGUCCAAGAGCAGAGAUUGUCCGCGAUUUGAUCACCGAAGGCAAUUUGUCCACCAGCCGGAUCCGCUGUCACGUCUGCAACCGGGUUUUCCCACGGGAAAAAUCACUACAAGCUCACAAAAGGACACACACCGGUGAGCGUCCGUACGUUUGUGACUACCCCAGCUGUGGGAAAGCGUUCGUGCAGAGCGGGCAGCUCAAGACCCACCAGCGCCUACACACCGGUGAGAAGCCCUUCAUCUGUUCCGAGCCAGGCUGUGCCACAAAGUUCGCCCAUGCCAAUCGGCACUGUGCCAAGCAUCCGUAUGCCAGGCUGAGGCGGCAGGAGGGUGCAUCAGACCAGGACCGUGUCACGGCUAGCGAAGAGGACAAGGCAGUGGCAGCGUGGCUUGCAAGGUACUGGCAGAGCCGGGAGCAGAGGCAGGCCCCUAUGAAGGAGGGGACAGGUUUCCAGAAAUCUGACCAGGAGCAGAAGAACUCAACGUACAGCCAUCCGGAGGAGGAAGAGUUGGCCCCCUAUUCUGGCCACCAAUUGCAAGAGCAGAAGGAGCGCUGGCACGGAGCCCUGGCACUUAUCCAACUGGCAAGCCUCUGCUCGGCUCAGCCGCUCUGAGUCACGUAACCCCUCCCUCCUAGUGUUUGCUCGUCCACCCUUUGCAAUUCCCCAGCUCCUCAAACAGAACCACAAUCCUUUUCUUGCCCACCUCAUUCCCACUAUCCCUCCUGGCCAUUCUUCUGCCUCUUCUACCCCACUUUGCCUGAGAAUCUAUAGGGGUAGGAGUCUAUAGGGAAACCAGCACGGAACUUUGCACACUGUUUGAUGUUGUUUUCCCAGUGGAUCAGUCCCAUAAUUAUUCUGAAUCACCAAGUCCCUUAUAAUCUGUAGCUUUUCCUUGACCUGAACUCAUUUUAGUUAAUUUUGUGUUAUCUUUUGUGACAAAAAUGAGGACUUUAACAGAUCCCACUUUUUUGAUCCUUUACUGAGUCUUAAUUAAGGUUGCAUUGACUCUGAAUGCCACCACUGCUAUUUUAAUUUUAAAAUAGAAAAUUUAAUAAUAUAUAAGUAUUAAUUCUUUGCAACUACUCCCAUUGAUUCCUUAAACUAUGAAGCUCAUGCCCAUCUCUGGCUGAGUUACUAGGGUAUCUGUUCAUCUCUCCUCUGAAGCUUCCACUUAUAAAGCACUUUCAUGUCUUCAGGGCCUCCCAAAGCAUUUUGCAUCAAAUUAAUUCUUUGAGAUGGACAGUCACUGAGAGUGAUGAGAGGAUUUCAAUGUAGCAGGGAGAUAAUCGCCAGAUAUUCCAUCUUUGUUGUUUAUAUGAGGGGUGAAUAUUAGCCAGAGCAUCUUUUUCAAAAUAGUGGGGCAGAUCUUUUCCAUUUUCCAAAAAGAACAAAUACGUGUGAAAAUGGGAUCAGGAAAUGGUCACUUGGCUACUCAAGCGUAUCCACCAUUCAAUAUUAUCGUGGCUGAUCUAUACUCGUAUUAGUAGCAAAAACAUUUCACUCUUCCACGUCCAGCCAUAUUAUAUUCAAACAUUAUGUUUGAAUAAGGCUAAUAUUGGCCUUGGAUUUAGAACAACAUUUUGUCUGCAAUAUCUGCACAUUAUUCAGGGUGCUGGAGUGUUAACUUGGGUUAUUUGCCAGAGGGCUGCUUGAACACACAAUCUUUGGCAUGAGGUCAGAGAACAAACCAUUGAAAGUUAAUGGUUAAAUCACUGAUCUCCAAUUCCAAGAAAAUGGUUAAAUGAAACUAGUUAAUGUAGGGGUUGGAAAAAGUUGGGCAGAGCCAGAGGUGGAGCUAUUUAAACAUUGUCACUUCUGUGUAGUUCUGACCACAGAGACAAUAACUGUCAGGAUAUACUGCCACCAUCUGCUGUGCUCAGAAACUGCAGCACGUAACCCCUUUCCACAUUACACUUGUUAAUUACAACUUUUCUUGCUCUUCAUUCAGCUAAUUGUCACCUUUAUCGCUUUGCUCAUGUGUUCAAGGUUUUAACCAUAAUGUUUGACUUUGUGCUCUUGUGUUGUGGAUCAAAGGUUUCGUGGUAGCUCAACCCUCUCAGACUAUGGUGGUGGGAGGGUUUUGGACGUGUCCGGGAUCUGGGAUGUUGCAAAAUGACAGAUUUUGUAACUGUUUGAAAUUACAGAACAUUAGAGGAGUCUGGUACAAUUUGUUGCACAUUGCUUGCAUGAUUUUUUUUGUGCUCCUUGCUGAGGGCAAGCUGAGUAGGUAAUGUAGCAACAAGAAAAUGGGGAAAUGCUGGAGGAGGGAAUAGAAUUAAGGGUAGUGGACCAAUAAUGUUACAAGCCACAUCAAAAUGCCCCAGGACUCGAGCACUUCAAAUAGUCUCUGCUACAUUAUUUGCUUAAUCCAUACAUUUCUCUGACAGAAUACAGUGAAGUUCUGUUUCUUAGAACAGAAACUAGUAAGGUUUUAGUGAUGGGAUUAAAUGCACAUUAAAAAGUGUGCAAGGGAUUGGGGAGUGAUGAGUCGAUGAAGAUUUUCAUUCCAGUGAUAUCUAAUGCAGCCAAUGAAGUACUUUUGCAAGUGAUAAUCUGACACACAGGAAGGACUCUGAAGGACAAGAGCUUAUUACAAGUGGGUGAGAGCAGAGGUUGAUAGGCGGGGGGCUGAGGGCAAGUGAGGCAAGAAAAACGAGUAGUAGAGGAGGAAACAGGAGGAGAAGGGAGAAUGCAGUUUGGAUCUGAAAUGUAAAAUGGGAGAGAGCAGGUGAGAAGGGUAGAAGCCAUGGAGUAAUAAAGAUGAGGACAAGGGAACGUUCUGUAGAAUUAAAACAGGUUUUGAGCUUUGCAGGUCAUACCCGUGCAGAUUUGUUCACAAUUAUGGUGAGACCUAUGUUUUUUUUUAAUUUUUAGAACAGCAAAAAUAGCACUUUUUAAAAUGAGAAAUUAAGCUAGUACAUCCUGAUGAAUGAGUGACAAACCCAGGAAGAGUAGUGGGUUUAUUCACAAUUUAAUAGUAAUUGCAUCCAAGCUUUUGUUUGUGAUUUGCACAGAAAAUCACACUUAUUGGAACAGCAGCAAAAUUUUUAAGUUCCAACUUUUGCACUACAGGGUAAAACCACUGCUGUCUGUGCAAGGUGGGGUGAAAGGUACUGAAUAGGGUCCUGUGAGGAGAGUAGAAAACAAACUGGUGGUCGUUGCAACUUUUUAAGUGCACUCUACCGCUACAUUAUUUUGUUUUGCUGAGUGGUACAUGUUAAAAAGGUAUCCAAGGAGCGAGUUCCUUCUCCAGUCGUUGAAACGGAGUGGAACCAAGAUUUAAGUCCUUGUGUUCCAUGGGGAGGAAGAGGCCAGCGCAGUAGUUCAGUGUGACUGAAGGCUGCAGGUCUGGCAAUUCAGGGUUUUGUGUACAAAACUUUGUUUUUGAGAAAGGUUGUUUUAUAAAUUAGGAGAAAGAUUAAAUUUAUCCUGAAUCCCUUUAAACUGUACAUAAAUAUUCAGGAAGGGGAAGACUGAUCCACAUAAUGAUCUUCUGAAAUUAAGCUCUUUAAAAUAUGUAGGGUUUAAAGAACCUCCAGUUCCAUGACAAUUUGAAAAUCAAAGGGUUUAACUCUUGGACAGAUUUUACUGCACCAGGUUGUGGAUUAAAACAUUUAGGGUGAGCAGGGCUGACCGUAAUUGGGAGAAGCUUCCAAAGCAUUAAUGUCCUGGAUCUAACUCAUUCCUUUAUGUACUACAGAGAUGUGGGCUGGGGUGACCAAAACACAAGAGUUUGGGGCUUGGCUUCUGUGAAUGUGUAAUUAGUUUGUUAAAGUGAUUCUGCGAAGAUGACCGUAAUUUGAUUGCACUGUAUAUAAACUAUUUAAUAAAUGGUGAAAGAAAUUUAAUAAAAUAUCUC